CACUGUGACGGAGUCACUGAGUGCCACGAAGACACGUGAUGAAAACUAACUUAAUUUUUAGAAACAUUACGUAUGCGGUUGUUUUGUUUAAGACUUCCUUUGUUUAUUCCUUGCUGACAUUGCUUUGUAAUUAUAAUUCAUGGUAUGAUUAGUAUGCGUAGAAAUUUCUGGAACGUUCGAUGGUAAUCUCGCAAGUAUGAUGUAAUCACGGUAGGUAUUUUUGUAAAGUUACGUAAUAAUAAGUAGGAGUAUAAAUAGAGGCUGUGUGCCCGUGAAGGGGAAUUCUUUUCUUAGUGGUGGUUAGAGAGUAGAGUUGUAAUGAUUUUAGUGAUUAUAUCGGCGUGGUAAAAUUAAAAAGGUCUAUUUCUUGCUUCGUGGACUGUUCAUGUAGUUGUUGCGUUCGAAGCAAUAUUGAGUUCACGACAUUUUGGUACCAGAAGUGGGGUCAUUUAUCGCCGAGGAAAAAUACUUCGGUAGGCGAGGAUCACGUAAGUGGAGUAAAAACUGUUUAAUUUGGUUUGAAAUACUGUAGUGUGUUGGAAUAGUACCAUGGCAGCCGAAGGAAGACGAGGGAAAAGGCAGGAAGAAGCCCAGCAUACAAGCGAAGAACGAGGGGAAAGUGGAGCAGUUUUAGAAAUACUUAAAUGGAUGACAGAAAAAGAAGAAAAAGAGCGCCUCUAUAGAGAGGAGCAGGAUCGAAAGAGAGACGAGCAGUUUAUGCAACUAAUAGCCACACUUGGAAAAAAGCAAUCCGACAUAGAAGAGCAAGUAAAAGCACAAGAGGCGCAGCGAAAACAAGAGGAGAAGGCCCAGUUGGAGAAAAUUAUUCGUCUUCAGAAUGAAGAGCGGGAAGCCAGAGAGCGAGAAAGGGAGAGAGAAAUUAAAGCAAUAGAACUGGAAAAGGUAAAUCGUGAGCGAGAGAAAGAGGAAAGGCUGGCCAGAGAGGAGGAAAGAAGACUUGCGUGGGAAGCUCAAGCUGACAACGAGAGAAGGCAAUUUUUAGAGAAAUUCGCAGAACUCAGUUUAUCCAGCCAGGGACAAGAACCAAUGAUAAACCUCGGGAAGCCUGCUCUUAAAAAGCUCUGUGAAGAUGACGAUAUAGAGCAUUUUCUCACCACAUUCGAGCGUGUAGCGGAAACAUAUGGAUGGAAAGCAGAGGUUUGGUCGGUGAAAUUAGCACCAUUGCUCUCUGGAAAAGCACAAGCCGCGUAUGCCAACAUGGACCCAGAGAAGUCUCGCAUUUACGAAGAAGUGAAAAAAGCCAUUUUGAGGAGGUACGAUAUUAAUGAAGAAACCUAUCGUCAGAGAUUUCGAGCCACAAGGAAAAGGAACGAGGAGAGUUGCACUGAACUGGAGGUGAAACUACGUGAUCUAUACUGCAAGUGGGUACAUCCCUCUACAAGUACAAAGGAGCAGAUUUCCAAUGCUAUCAUAAUGGAGCAGCUACUAAGUUCUCUGCCAUUAGAGCUACAAAUUUGGAUCAGAGAGCGAAAGCCUACAACAUCAGAAGAAGCUGCCAUAUUGGCUGACGAUUACCUGUUAGCACGAAAGGCCACAAUCAGGGGACAGGGUACCCAAGAAAUUAGAUGUCAUGGUUGUAAAAAGACUGGCCAUAUUUUAAAGAACUGCCCUGUACCAAAACAAGCAGAUACGACGACAGCAGUAGGCAAAAGAAAGCCUGAAAACGAUACAAUACAACAUACACCUACAAGGAGCUCGAUAAUUCAGUGUUUUAAGUGCGGGAGACCAGGACACAUUGCUCUGCAUUGUCCGUCAAAUCAGGCCCACAACAACAACAACAGAGGGAGACAUACGGGAUAUUAUGUUAAACAUAAAGACAAGUUGAUCAGAUCAGCACAAUCAUUUGACUUUGGAGAGCAUUCAGUUGGUAAAAUUCUAAAGGCUUUCAGCUGCAGAGGGGAAAUAGAAGGGAGACCGGUAGAAAUUCUUGUCGACACUGGCUGUUCAAGGACACUUGUGCACAAAGACUUGAUACCAGAAGGCAAAGUCAAUGAGGAAACCAGAGUUGAUAUACAAUGCGCACAUGGUGAUUAUGUCAGCUACCCGACUGCCGAAGUUAGCAUAAAGAUUCAAGACAAAGUGUUCUUGCAAAGGGUUGUGGUGUCUCCGAAUCUUCCAAGACCGGUUCUGUUAGGCAUGGACAUAGUAAAUGAUGAGAAGUUUGAGAGGGAUGAAAUUGAAGCUUUUAUAGUAGUGACCAGAGCACAGGAAAAAGCACGGGAACAAGAAGAGGCGAUACAGUUGGCCAGGGAGAUCUGCUCGGGUGCAAAAGCGCGGGCUUUAAGCGACGCUAGCGGAGAAGGCAAUCAAUCAGAGGAAACUUCAGAUGUAAAUUACGAGAUAAAUUCUUCAACUGGAGAUGUGGAUAGAGACGACAAUACCGAGGGGACAGUUGAAUCGUUGUCUGGGUCAAAAGAAGUACAGACGGCGGAAACAGCAAAGAUAAAUACAAAUGACGAAAAUGAAGGAAGUUUAGAGAUGAACAAUUUCAGUUGGAGCGCCGCAGAGAUAAGAGAAAUGCAGGGGAAUGACACAACAUUGGAUAAAUGUAAGGAGUAUGCGCAGUUGAAGUCAUCAUUAAAUGGCAAGGUGAGGUUUAUAGAGAGGGAAGGCAUAUUAUAUCGCCAAUGGUGCCCAGAUGGAAAUUUUGAGGAUUCUCGCGUAAUAGAGCAGCUUGUAUUGCCAUAUCAAUGCCGCAAGACAGUGCUACAGCUGGCCCACGAUAUCCCUCUGGCUGGCCACCUUGGACGGAAGAAAACUACAGCAAGAAUAUUGCAAAUAUUUUAUUGGCCCAGGAUGUUCCACGAUGUUGCUGAGUACUGCAGAUCAUGUGAAAUUUGCCAGCGGACAUCUCCAAGAAGAAAGAGUAAUCGUGCCAAGUUGGUACCGUUGCCUAUCGUUGAUACUCCCUUCAAAAGGAUUGCAAUGGAUAUUGUUGGCCCAUUAGAGAGAAGUGCUGCAGGACACAAGUAUAUUUUAGUUAUUUGUGACUAUGCAACAAGAUACCCGGAGGCAGUUCCACUUAGAAGCAUAGAUGCGGAGAGUGUGGCAGAGGAACUGGUAAAGCUUAUAAGUCGUUUUGGUGUUCCUGAAGAGAUCCUGACUGAUCAAGGUUCGAAUUUUAUGUCAAAGCUGUUGCAGGAGGUUUACAAGAUGAUCGGUGUCAAAUCUAUUCGAACCAGUCCCUACCAUCCAGAGACAGACGGGCUUUGUGAACGAUUCAACGGAACGCUUAAGAACAUGCUGAGGAAAGCUGCUACAAACGAUUACCCGAAUUGGGACAAAAUGCUACCUUAUCUGCUUUUUGCAUAUCACGAGGUACCAGGAGAGUCAACAGGGUUCUCACCAUUUGAGCUUCUUUAUGGUCGACAAGUUCGGGGGCCACUGGACAUACUGAAAGAGACGUGGGAGUCAAACGAAAAGGUACCAGAGGACGUAGUUAGCUACGUGUUGAAGAUGAGAGAAAACCUUUCAAAAAUGAUGGAGAUAGUACAGGAAAAUUUAAGCACAGCCCAACGAAAGCAGAAGACCUGGUAUGACAAGAAAUCAAGGGUCAGAAUCUUCAAAGAGGGAGAUGAAGUAUUUGUAUUGCUGCCAACAAGUACAAACAAGUUACAAGCACAGUGGCUAGGACCGUACAAAGUGAAGAGACAAGUUGACUACCGAGAUAGAUAUGGCCAACAGGUAGACUACGAGAUAGAUAUGGCCAACAGGAGAAGAAGAUUUCGGAUAUUUCAUGUCAAUAUGUUGAGUCCAAAACAUACGGCUGUGGACGUGAGUUACUGGAUUGCAGAGAGGGAAAAUAGCUCAGAAGAUCAAGAGGAGAAUGACUUAGUGGUACCUUCUAUAAACAACGAAUUUUCUAAAGAUGGCUGGGAAGCAGUAAAAAUUGAGGAAGAUCUUAGUGACAGCCAAUCAAGAACAUUGCAUGUCCUACUACAAAGAUUCGCAACCGUUUUGAAAGACUCCCCUGGAAAAACAACAGUAGAAGAACACCAGAUUCACACAGGAGAUGCAAAACCAGUUAGGAAGAGGCCGUAUCGUCUGCCACAGUCACAGUAUGAGAAAAUCAAGACGGAAAUCGAAAAAAUGGAAGAGAUGGGAAUCAUCCAGCCUUCAAAUAGUGAAUGGGCAGCUCCAGUAGUGAUUGUUCCAAAAAAAGAUGGAUCGCUGAGAAUAUGUAUUGAUUAUAGAGAAUUGAACAAGGUGUCUUCAUUUGAUGCAUACCCGAUGCCGCGGGUUGAUGAAAUUCUUGACAGGCUUGGCAAUUCAAGGUACAUCUCCACCCUGGAUCUUACAAGAGGAUAUUGGCAAGUCCCAUUAAGUCCUGAUGCAGUACCAAAGACAGCAUUCACAACACCUUUUGGUUUAUUUGAAUUUCGAGUUAUGCCUAUGGGAUUACACGGAGCUCCUGCUACUUUUCAGAGGAUGAUGGACAAGAUACUUAAAGGAAUGGAAAAAUGUGCAGCAGCAUUUUUAGAUGACGUCAUAGUAUUCAGUGCUACAUGGGAGGACCACUUAAAACAUUUGGAGGAGAUAUUGACGCGUAUCAGUAAAGCGGGGCUCACAGCAAAUCCAAAGAAAUGCUCAUUGGCAAUGAACGAGGCGCAUUAUCUGGGACAUAUUGUUGGAAAUGGCAAAGUUCGACCAGAAGCUGACAAAGUGAAAGCGGUCAGAGACUUUUUGAGACCAGAAAGCAAAAAGCAAGUGCGCUCAUUUCUUGGUUUAACGGGAUAUUACCGAAAAUUCAUACCCAGUUAUGCAAACAUCGCAGCCCCAUUAACGGACCUCACUAAAAAGGAAGUAAAAGGUACUAUUCAAUGGACAGAUGAUUGUGAAAACGCAUUCAGAAGACUUAAAAAGGCUCUACGUUCAUCACCAGUCUUGAGAAGCCCUGACUACAGCAAAGAGUUUUUACUACAGACGGAUGCAUCAGAUAGAGGACUUGGAGCAGUUCUUAGUCAAAUUGGAGAUGACAAUGAAGAACACCCCGUAAUGUAUCUUAGCCGCAAGUUACUUGAUCGAGAGAGACGCUAUGCUGUUGUAGAGAAAGAGUGUUUGGCUAUCGUAUGGGCAAUACAGCAGUUGCGAGUUUAUCUAUAUGGCCGGAAGUUUUCAAUUCAGACAGACCAUAAUGCAUUAAAAUGGUUGGACCAGAUGAAAGAGAAGAACAGCAGGCUAACUAGAUGGAGUUUGGCAUUACAGAUGUAUAACUACAGAGUAGAGUAUCGGAGAGGACAGGAUAACUCAAAUGCGGACACAUUAUCAAGGAUUUGAACACGUUGUAAAAAGACAGUCAAAAAUGUACCAUUUUUGUCUACCGAAGGAGGGGGAAAUGUGACGGAGUCACUGAGUGCCACGAAGACACGUGAUGAAAACUAACUUAAUUUUUAGAAACAUUACGUAUGCGGUUGUUUUGUUUAAGACUUCCUUUGUUUAUUCCUUGCUGACAUUGCUUUGUAAUUAUAAUUCAUGGUAUGAUUAGUAUGCGUAGAAAUUUCUGGAACGUUCGAUGGUAAUCUCGCAAGUAUGAUGUAAUCACGGUAGGUAUUUUUGUAAAGUUACGUAAUAAUAAGUAGGAGUAUAAAUAGAGGCUGUGUGCCCGUGAAGGGGAAUUCUUUUCUUAGUGGUGGUUAGAGAGUAGAGUUGUAAUGAUUUUAGUGAUUAUAUCGGCGUGGUAAAAUUAAAAAGGUCUAUUUCUUGCUUCGUGGACUGUUCAUGUAGUUGUUGCGUUCAAAGCAAUAU